ACUCUCGGGCUCUCCCAUAGUGAGCAUCGACAGAAACCUCCUCAGAGCCAAGGUGCAGAGACAGUCCCAGCAGCGAGGUGGGGGCUCCUGCUCCCUCCUCCUCUCAGCCACCAAAGCACGCCGCGGGCAUCGUGCGCCUCUGGGGAGCUUUCGACAGGCCCGAACCGCCGCCCUCGCUUCCCAGGGUGAACCCGGGGCCAACAAGGCGCCCCGUUGGCGGGAAGACGACCAACAUCCCACUGACACCGACCGCCUACGUGUGGCCAGGCGCUGCCUACACUAUCAGCGCCGCACAGCCAGGCGCGGAUAGAGGCCACUCCCCUCGCACCCCAGGCCUGGAGGGACCCGCGGGGAGAAGCGCAGCGCCAUAGUCUGCUCACAGCCCUCGUCACCCACCUUCCCGAGCGGGACAGCGGCGGGGCCCAGCGCCAGCGGAGGUGGCGGUGCCAGGAAGCAAACCGGUUCCGAUGCAUGGAGAACGAUGAGAUUUGGUUGCCUUUCCUUCCGACAGCCGUAUGCGGGAUUGGUUUUAAACAAAGUCAAAACAGUGGAGACGCGGUGGCGUCCGUUGCUAGCAGCUUACAAGAACUGCACCGUUGCUAUUCAUAUAGCUGUUAAGGACUGGCAAGAUGAAACUUGGAGAGAAAUUCUUUUGAAUAGGUUUGGCAUGACACCAGAGCAAGUGCAGGAUUUGUUGGAUGAAGGGGAAAAAUUUGGCAGAGGAGUUAUUGCAGGACUAGUGGACAUUGGAGAGACCUCACUAUAUCCAGAAAACUUGCCUUCUGAAAAGAUUCUGGAGCUAGAAGACAAAGCUGUUCUCAGGAAUCUAGAACAGAAGUACUUGACUGUUAUUUCCAAUCCACGCUGGCUCCUGGAACCAAUUCCUGCCAGAGGGAGACAAGGCAUGUGGCAGGUGGACAUCCCUGAAGAACUGAUCCCUUCAGAAGCAUAGGCACUGCUCCUAAUAUUUUUCAUGCCUAAAUGCACGCUCACAGUUCACCAUUCAGCACCUUGAAGACCAGUGAGUUGUUCAGGGUUCCCUUCCAAAACUACUUGUUUGAAACAGCAAAUACAGAAGUGCUUGUUUUGAGGAAAGAACUAAGCUGCAUUUUUAAUGGUAAUUACUGGAAGUGAUAGUUUACUGCAUUUUGCAUAUUAAAGGCUUCUUUCAAAAAUGAAA